GGGAUGUCGCGAUGGUGGGCGUCACUGUCGCCGCCUCCACUAGCACGAGGACUUCCGGUUCCGAAUAUACGCUUCGUCGCCGCUUUUAGUUGUGCCUCGGCGCUGGCGGAGGAACUCGCGCUAGCUGUGCCAUCGAUCGGCCGCAUGCAUGCCGCGGGCCUCGCCUCGCCUCGCCUUUAUCCCCGAGUGGGAUGCCUUUCUGCGUCGAGGCGAAUGCUCUGCUUCGCGAGGAAACAGGGAGGAAACGACGCGCCCAGUUGGAGGUCGCCGUUGAAUAAUCUUGGAGCCGAGAAUUCAGAAAUUUGCUUUGAGGAUUUGCAGAGACAGUCGCCUGCUGUCUCUCCGCCACAUACUCGCUCCCCGUCGCUUUCUCGAGUGCCUUUUGUCCGUACGUUGCACCGGUUUCCUGAUCUUCCGAGGCUCCUCAGUGUUUCCCGGGGAUUUCGUAUAUAAUAAUCGUGACGGGAGCUUCUUUUGGGACUACAAUAGAUCAUGAGAACCAGGAAAGGCAGUCGAUCUGAGUCCUUCUGGCCAUCCAUAGUCGCGAGGAAGUGGCUCAACAUCAAGCCCAAGGUUCAUGAGUUCAGCGAGGACGAGGUGGAGACCGAGAGCGACGACGACGAUGCAAGAAUCUCCGGCGGCUUGGGACGUCCGUUCUUCGAAACAGAGGAAAGGGGAAGUACCAACCACAACAGCAGCGAAGCGUCAGGAACAGAAACGAGGGUCUCCUCGACGACGAGGCUUCGGAGAAGAAGAUCUGAAACUUUGCGGCUUAAUUAUAUAACGAGCAAAGAUUUGAGGGUGAUGAUCGGCACAUGGAAUGUAGCAGGAAGGACUCCUCUGGAAGAUCUUCAACUCGAUGAAUGGCUCGAUACUCAAGAGCCUGCUGAUUUGUAUGUACUUGGUUUUCAGGAGGUAGUUCCUUUAAACGCUGGGAACGUGCUCGGAGCAGAGGACAACAGGCCGAUCCAAAAAUGGGAGGCCAUUAUAAGAAGAAGCCUGAACAGAUCUCUGCAGCCAAAGACAGUCUACAAAUGCUACAGCGCUCCUCUCUCCCCAUUGUCAUCCUCCUCGGCCCCUCCUGGCACAUCCCCAACAGCUGCCCAUGCCAGGGAGAAACCGAGUCCGCGCUCGAAGAACAUCAGCAUCAUCCAUGGCGGGGUCGACUUCGACUGGCCUGAGUACUCACUGGACACCCCUCAGCGACUCCUGGUGCCCGGCAAGAAACUGAGAAGGGUCCUGAGCAGCUCCGCGAGAAUCGGACUCGAUUGGCUGGACGAGGCUCGAAUUCCAGAGCCUCGCGGUUCAGCCGGCGGCGCAGGCAUGAAGAGAGUCUGCCACAGUUCAGGGAACCUGGGAAUGCUGUGGUCAGAGCAGCAAGCGGCCGCUGACGUCCUCAGCUCACUGAACGACAUCUCAGACAGGUCCUCCGAAGAAGAACUGGAUAAGUUUGAAGUUGGUGCCGAAGAGAGGCCUUCCAAAUCGAGCAACGGAUACGUCCGCGUCGUCAGCAAGCAGAUGGUCGGCAUAUACAUCUCCGUUUGGGUGCGUCGAACGCUCCGACGGCAUGUGAACAAUCUGAAGGUUUCUCCGGUGGGUGUCGGGCUUAUGGGGUACAUGGGAAACAAGGGAUCUGUUUCUGUAAGCAUGACCCUUUUCCAGACGCGAGUGUGCUUCGUGUGUUCUCAUCUCACUUCGGGGAACAAGGAGGGGGAUCAGCAGAGGAGAAACUCCGAUGUUUUCGACAUCCUCCAGCGCACACGGUUUCGCUCGGUCGUCGACGCCGAUCAUCAGCCGCAAACGAUACCGUCCCACGAUCGAAUUUUCUGGUUCGGCGACUUGAAUUAUCGUCUGAAUCUGCCGGACGCUGAGGUAAGAGCGCUGGUAGCAAGAAAAAGCUGGGACGAACUGAUGAACUAUGAUCAGCUGAGCAAUGAGCUGAGAAUCGGCCGCAUCUUUGAUGGUUGGAAGGAAGGAUCGGUGAACUUCCCGCCAACUUACAAAUAUGAAAGGAAUUCCACUAGAUACGUGGGAGAAAUCGCGAGGGAAGGGGAGAAGAAGAGGUCCCCAGCAUGGUGUGACAGGAUUCUGUGGCUGGGGAAAGGAAUCAGACAGGAAUCCUACUGGCGAUCUGAGCUAAACCUUUCCGAUCAUCGUCCGGUGAGCUCUGUGUUUCUAGUCGAAGUUGAAGUGUUUGAUCAGAGGAAACUCGAGAGAGUGCUGAACUUCGCCGGCGCUGGAUUUCUGGCUCAGAACGAGUGACCAUGUUCAUCAAGCUUUUGAAGUGGAGGUGGUGCAGUUACUGAAUGGAGAAUGCCGGCAUGGAUCGUGUUGAUUUUAGUGACAAAUUAGUCAAAGACAGAAUUCUUCGUCUCUUCUUCUUUCUUUCUUUCUUUUCUUUUCUUUUCAAACAAUUUCAAAAAUGUAAAACAGAAUAUAAUAAUACUCUGUGAUUUAAAAAUAAA